AUGGCGGGGUCAAUUUGGAAUAGCAAUAGCUGGCACUGGGAAGAAAAGAACUACAAUAAAUGGGGUAAAUCAUAUAUAGAAAAUAAAUUAUCCAAUUUGAAAAUUGAAAAGGACGGAUUUUAUGUCUACUUUGAUACGUUUGACAUUUCUGGAAAUGCCUCGGUUUAUAUCCGGAAAGGAAAACAAAUAAAUUCGUUCGAAUAUGUCAUCAAGUUUAAUUGGAACUUUUCAAAAAUGGGCCAAGACAAGGAAUGCGUUGGCGGGAACAUCCAAAUUCUGGACUUUUCAAACUCAAAUAAAGAAUUGAAGUUGAUGACAGAGGAGGAAGAAAAAAUGAAAAAUGUAGGAAUGGAAAAUAAUCAUCAGAAUCAACCAUAUGGUGUAAUUCCAAACAUCUUGCAUAAUGCCAAUCACACACAUGAAAACGAAGAGGAACAAAAAAAAGAUGGUUCCAUUUGGAAUAUUAACAAUUACCAUUGGGAAGAGAAAUGCUUAACCAGAUGGGCUAAGGAAGAAUUAAAGAAUAUACUGGACAAUUCAAAAAUAGAAUUAAGUAAUAACAUUUUUUUGCAAUUCUUUUCUUCGGAAGUUGAGGGUGAAGCUUCUUCCAGUAUACGAAAAAAAAAAAAAAUUUUAAUUUAUGACUUUAAAAUUAAUUGUGAAUGGAAAGCUUAUAAACAAAACAAAAGCAGCGAAAUUGAAAUGGAAACUAAGGGACAUGUCAGUGUGAGUGAAGUCAUUUCGGAUUUUUCCUCUGAAGAUCAAACCAAGUAUAAAUUUAACUUCAUUUUUGACAAUGUCGACGCUGAAUACUCCACCAUGAAUGAAGUGAUAAAGACAGAAGGUCCAACACAAAUAGAGAAAAUAAUAGAUAGCUUUAUUUCGAGGAUGAAGGAUAAAUAG